CGCGCAUGCGUUAGGCGGCCGCAGCCGGGGAGACGAGUGCGGCUCCCACUCUGCUGUUAUACAGCGAGGACGGGGCAUGUGCCUCUCCGGCCGCGGCGGCUCUUCUCGCGCCAGGUCUCGCCCGCCACCAUGUCCGUCACCAUCGAGCGGGAGUUUGAGGAGGUGGAUGCUGAGAACCGGUGGCAGCCCAUGUACUUGCGGAAGUGGCUGAACCGAGGCGCGCGGGCUGUCCGGGGACUGGCUUUCAGGUGCGCGCUCCGAGUGCGGGGCGGCGGCGGAGCGCGCCUGCAUGAUCAUAGUCGUGUUAAACUGCAAAAUACUGAAAAUGAUUAUAUCAAUGCCAGCUUUGUUGCCAUAGAAGAGGCACAAAGAAAUUACAUCUUAACGCAGGGUCCACUUCCUAAUACUUGUUGUCAUUUUUGGCUAAUGGUAUGGCAGCAAAAGUCCAAAGCAGUUGUUAUGCUAAAUCGAAUUGUGGAGAAAGACUCAAUAAAAUGUGCACAAUAUUGGCCAACCAAAGAAGACCAAGUGAUGUUGUUUGAAGAGACAGGAUUCUGUGUGAGACUAGUGUCAGAAGAUAUCAAAUCAUAUUAUACAGUUCAUCUACUAAAAUUAGAAAAUAUUCAUAGUGGUGAGAUCAGGUUAAUAUCUCACUUUCAUUAUACUACAUGGCCAGAUUUUGGAGUCCCUCAAUCACCAGCUUCAUUCCUCAACUUCUUAUUUAAAGUUCGAGAAUCUGGUUCCCUGAAUGCUGAACAUGGACCUGCAAUAAUUCACUGUAGUGCAGGCAUUGGCCGGUCUGGCACAUUUUCAUUAGUUGAUACUUGUCUUGUCCUGAUGGAAAAAAGAGAUGAUCCUUUCUCUGUUAAUAUUAAGCAAGUAUUAGUGAAUAUGAGAAAAUUUCGAAUGGGACUUAUUCAGACUCCAGAUCAACUAAGAUUUUCAUAUAUGGCUGUAAUAGAAGGAGCAAAAUUUAUAAUGGGAGAUUCAAAUAUACAGAAGCGAUGGAAAGAACUGUCUAAUGAAGACGAGGCACCUAACUAUGAACAUUCACCACCUCAUCCAACUAAAAUAAUUAUUGGAAAGUACAAUGGGAAUAGGGUAGAGUUAGAAGGUGGCGAAAAAGAUGACACAAUAAACCUUACAGAACUCUCCACCAAGAUGCAAGAUACAGUGACAGAGAGCACUGAAAGUGCUGUUCGGAAGCGAUACCGAGAGGACAGAAAAGCUAAUACAGCUCAAAAGGUGCAGCAGAUGAAACAGAGGCUAAAUGAGACUGAACGAAAAAGAAAAAGGUGGUUAUAUUGGAAACCUAUUCUCACUAAGAUCGGGUUUGGUACAAUCAUUUUGGUUGGCGCUUUUGCUUGCUGGACAAUGUACUUUCGGCAGCAUUCCUUACAAAUAAAGCCUUAAUUUGCACAGCAAGCUUCUGCACUAGUAGUUGAUUCAGUUGCUGCUGUAGUUACUCGCUAGGGCUUUGUCUCUUAGCAGCAACUCCCUACCUGUACCUGAAAAUGGCGUAGUAGAAUAGACACCAACCAGAUAAGUGAUGGAAAUCAGUCACAAGUCAGCAUCUCAGGACUUUGACCUAUAGGUACUUCUGAAAACCAAACUGUAAACUGCUAUAUAAAAUAAAGUUGUUAAUGUUUGUUUUCAAAAAAAGGUUUUUUUUUUUUUUUUUUUUGGCAAAUGUGUUGAUACAGUUAAAAAGUUACAUUUCACCAAAUUAAGCUGA